CUAAUUUCUGAAAUGGAAGAAUCCCAUGGUCAAAACUUGGAGGGUGACUUUGAGGGACAGGCCACCCACACAGGACCCAAGGGAGUGAUACACGACUGGAGGAAGUUUAAGCUGGAGAGUGUGGACUACACAGCAGCCCCAGCCGGCAAGAGGGAGAUUCUCAGACAGAUGUCUUCUCCUCAGAACAGUGAGAUGCAGCAAGAACGAACAGGCAGGAAGAUGAGCCUUCACGAGUACGAGCUCGUGCAGGGGGAGGAGGAGGACGAGCGCUGCCUCCGGAGGUACCGCCGGCGCUGCAUGUUGGACAUGCACCAGAAGCUGAGCUUCGGGCCAUGCUACGGGCUCCUGCACGAGCUGGCGAGCGGGGAGCACUUCGUGGAGACCCUGCAGCGGGCGCCGAAGGUCACCCUGGUGCUGGUCCACGUGUACGAGGACGGUGUCAGGGGCUGCACCAGCCUCAACCACAGCCUGGAGCAGCUGGCCGCCGAGUACCCCACGGUCAAGUUCUGCAAGAUCAGGGCCUCCGACUCGGGCGCCGGGGACCGCUUCCCCCCCGAGGCGCUGCCCACGCUGCUGGUCUACAGGGGCGGCGAGCUCAUCGGCAAUUUCGUGAGCGUGGCCGAACAGUUCGCCCAAGAGUUUUUUGCUGGCGAUGUGGAGUCUUUCCUCAACGAGUACGGGCUGCUGCCCGAGCGAGAGGUGCUCGCCCCGGAGCAGAGCGACUCGGAGGAGGAUGCUGAGUAGAACGCGUCCUGUCCGUGGCCCGGUGCACGGCGAACUUUGGGUCCCUGUUUCCUUAGAGAACUCUUCUUCCGCCUCCAGCCCCAGUUCACACUCCAUCGGUACCUCA